CUGCCUGGGGUUUGACAAUGGCUUAUUGUAGCAGAAAGAAUGUGACUGAAGGAGCUGCUCUGGGGUGUGGCCAGGUAACUGCAGUCAGCCUCCCUCCCUCCCCUCUCUCUCUCCAUACCUGCUCUGGUGGUUGAGCUUUAAAGUGUCAGAAAAGGUAGCUCAGCAAACUAGCACCUGUUGGAGCUCUGUACGCUGGGUGGUAACUGAGAAAACUGGAAAUAUGUCUUGCUAGAGAGAGUAUUUGGAGACACACUGGAGAAGGGAGAACUCAGGAAAGAUGAAGAAGCAUCAUUCUGUGCAGGGAACUAUUAGCCGAAUCUUUGGGAAAAAACAUGCCAGCAACAAUUCCACCAGUUCUCUCUUUGUCACGAACCCACCAUGGAUCUUCACACAGGAGGUCAAAUCUGACACUUUGGCAAGCUCUGGUGAAGUGGAUGGCAUCUACUAUGGGGACAAUCACUUUGACUCAGAUUCUGGAACAGCCACAUUGAAGGCACGGCCAAGAGUCCGGCCUUUGCUGACUUUUUUACCCCUUAAUGCUCAAGAGGCACAUGGUGUGGCUGUACCAACACCAUCAGUACCAGAAGGCUUUGAAGACAAAUCAUCUCCAGGACUUGGUUCUCAAAUCAAUGGCAACUACAGAAAGUACAAUUCAGUAGUUGACCUGAGACCCAAGGGAUUUGAAAAUUACUUGGAUGAUGAUUACAUACCACCUCCGCCAUCAGUUCCUCCUCCUCCUCCUCCUCCUCCACCACCACCACCACCACCUUCAGUUGACCUCUCUCUAGCUCCACCUUCCAUGCAAGCUCCGGCACCACCUUCUGUGGAUGUACCACCUCCGCCUUCUGUAGCAGCUCCACCCCCACCUCCAGUGUCUCCUCCACCUCCACCUCCAAUGUCAGCUCAGUCUCCUUCAUCUCUGGCUCCACCUUCAUACCAAUAUUCCAAUCUGUCUUCACCCAGUACUCCAUCUCCACCAGACUUUAUUCCUCCUCCUCCUCCGGCUUUUAUUGAUCGUGCACCUCUUCCACAUUCACCACUAAUUCACACGCCACCUUUAUCAAAUGGUGUGUCCAAAUGGAAAUCUGAGACUGUUCUAAAUAUCAGGGAACCUGACACUGUCCCCCGCAAUCUGAACCGCAAUCUGGACCACAAUCCUCCUUUAACCCCUACCAAUAAGGAAUCACAGUUGCCACAUUCCAGCCCAGACCCUAAUCUCACUUUCCCUCGAUCAUUAAAAAUACCUCCUCCUACUCCUGUCAGAACUUCAUCUAUUCCCAUAGGAGAAAACGAAUCCAGUCCCAAUCACGAAUUGCUCCCUAAAAUGGCUCCUCACAGCCGUCCUGCCCUGCCACUGAUUUUUACUGCCCGCACUGCAGCCGCAGUUCACUCAAAAGGAGAGGCUAAAGGGAAAGUUACUUUGGAAAAACCCUCCAUAUUAAUCUCAGAGUCUGGAAAUCCAGAUUCUGAUGGCUCUCCUACCAGCCCACAUGAGGCAUUAUCUUCAGAAAAAACAGAGCUUCCUUUUCAGGAAAAUGCAUCCUCUGAUGAUGAUCAUGAUGAUGAUUGGAAGGAGAGGACUAAUCUGGACAAACUAAAACAUGACCUGUCUGCCCUAUUGUCCUCUUCCUGCAGAAAAGAGGACCGACAGCAAGACAGAACUUUUCCCUCUAAGCCUAAAACUAGCAUUACUGAUAGCAACCAGGUUAUUAGAGAUGAAUUAAAACAACCUAAGCCUAUUGUGAGUGACCCACAGUCACCUCCAGCAAGACAGAGUAAGAAAAAUGAGAGGACACCAUCUAGUACACCUUCUCCAAGAAAAGCUUUUACCACUGAUGUCAUUUCUACUACAAAGACUAAACCUGCCUCCCCACAAGCAAACAGUGUUAUGACAUUUAAAGAUGAAUUGGAAGCCUUGCUCUCUCCAAGCAAGGAUGGAGGCCCACCAUUGGCCCUUGCAAAUUUGAAACAUAAUCCAGAAACAAAGAAGCAAGUUACUCUUCAAUUUGGUGGCAGUCAGGUCAAUGGGGGAGAGGCCAGGCUUUCACAUCCCACAAUACAUGAGAAUAACCCAGCAUCAGGAGUGACAGAGAAAGACCCUAAGACACCUAGCAUCUCUUCUGGUUACUCACUUCCUGACAACACCCAGAAACCUCCAGUAUCCCCUCUGAAAUUAAAGAACGGAUUCUUGGUUCCAUCUGCAUCUUCACCAGCCUCUUCUGGAGCGCCAUCACCAAUACAAACUGCAUCUCCCACUGUGGAUUUUUCUCUCUUGCAGUACAAGUCACAUAGAACAAAGUUUGGCUCAGUGGACAGCUUGGCUUCUGCAGCUUCUUCCCAAACUAUAGAAGAUGGGCCAGUCAGCAUAAAUAAUAAUGACAAUCUAAGGGACUUUGCAGAUCCCAGGUCCUCAGUCACAUCCACCUCAUCUAGGAAUGCUGAAGAAGCUGAUAGUGAGGUUUUGGUUCAUCCUGUUACAGGAGAGAAAGUAGAGAGAGGCUCCCCAAUGGCUCUGCUCUUGGCUGCACAACAGCGGGCUCAAAGAGGCAGACGUUCUGCUGUGACUUCCCGGCAAAAUAGUUACUUAUCUGAGAAACCUCUGCUCAAGUUAUCAGAAAAGCUGCACAAUAGCAGUCAUCCAGAGACAGGCACAUCCAACAUUUAUUAUAGUGAUGCCAAGCCCAAUUCUAUCACAAUUGUACCAAAGUUCCCACAAAAGGAAUCCCUGGCCAUUUCAGAAAUUAAGUCUCAGAAUAUUAUUGCAUCAAACGCAUAUAGUUCUAGUUUAGUUCAAGGUCUACUAGAAUCCCAAAAUUUGAAAAAACAAGAUCCUCAAAGCAUACCAGAAGGAUCAGCUAUACGUGCUCUUACUACACCUCCAAAGCACAUUGUGAGCAAUACUGAGGUUGUGGAGCAAGUAUUUGAUUAUGAGAUAAUCCCACCACCACCUGAAUUCAGCAAUGAUGCCAAUGUGGCCCUGACUGAGUCUUCAAAUGGGGAAGAAAACCAUAGAGACCACAAAAUCUCAAGUGAAUUUCAUACCUCAGAUAAGAGCCUUAACUUCAGUCACUCAAACUAUGACUAUGGGAAGAGUUACUCACAAACAUCUAAAUCAGUCUUGGAAAACAGUAUGAGGUCGAGUGGACACAAUCACCAUUAUCCAGGUGGGAGCUAUUCCUCAACUUAUCUCAGUUCCUAUUCAAACAGUCGGCCUCUGAUCAAGAAGCGCCUUUAUAUGUCAGAGACAGAUGGGACAUACGGUAAACCAUCCAUGUCCUCUCGGAGUAUGAGCACUCCCAAUAACUAUGGCCACAAUACAAUGACAUACAACUCCCAGACUGUUGAAGGGAUGCACCGGAUGAACUCUACUCAUAGGAAUGUGCCCACCAGUAUGCAGGGCAGAAGGGUGUCAGUGGAACUGACACCUGGGAAAAUGCUGACUUAUAACAAUGCCUCCGGUGAUGCCAGGUAUAAAGGCCAGAGUGGAGAGUAUGCCAACAGUGGAGCAGGUGGCAGAAGAUCUUCUCAUGGGAGUGUGCAAUAUGGGGCAACUGCAAAUACCUUCACUGUUAGACCUGGUACAAGACAACCCAUUUCUUAUUCACACCAAGGAGGUCUUCAUUGAGCCAUGUCAAGAGGAACUUGCCAUAGCUCUGGCUAAAUCUGAUGCUACACAUCAUCAGGCUCAUUCUAUCCACUUUGUUAUGAGCUUCCUCUUAACAGUUCACAAGAGCCUGAAAGCAAUCUUGUUUCCUUCUUAUAAACAGACUGGUUGCAAGACUGGAUGUAAGUUAUAGUAGACAAGGGUAAGAGUUAAAACUGAUAAACUAAUAUUCUACAACUAAGGACUUCAAUGCAGUAUAAAAACUAACAACUUCUAUGCAGAAUAAAAGUUGUAUGGUUCAGCAGCCUAUCUAAACUUAAAGCAGAUGUGUAAUUCUAUAGACUUUCUUCUGUUUAGGGUGAGCUUGGCUAGUAGGUAACUACCUAGAACCCCUACCUAUGAGAAAAACAACAUUCUACAAUAGCUUCAAGAACUUCCAGCUAUACAGCAAAUUGUAUCAAAGAAAGGUUGGAUAGCCUUAUCCUACAGAGAAUCAAGAAACAGCUAAGAGGUCCCAGAAGUAGAAAGAGUGAGCAAAGGCUCUAGGUUUCCAAGAAAGGCUGUUAGCUACCUAAGGUCUAGAAAUGAAAGGAGAAUGUGAUGAGAAGAAAAUGACAUAGUUGUGGGAAAGGUGAAGUGGUGUUCACAGGGGGAAGGCACAAGUGAAGUAGAGUGGAUAAGGGAAACAAGGGCUACCUUCACCAGCCUGACACCCUCCAGGUGUGUCAUCUCUGGUUGAAGAAGGUGGUUUUGGUAUAGAGUUAACGUCCUUCAUAAUUAGAAGAAAUGAGGUAAUUCAAGCCUUCCAACUCCAGUUUAGGAUGAUCUACACUGCGUGAAUUUCUGCUUAUCUACAGCUGGAACCCAGACACAAGAGGAAUUGGUGGGGCAGGGAAAAGCUGCUACAUGCAAUCAGACCUGCUAGAAGAGAGUGUGUGUCCUUCUCCAUUUACCUGCCUAUGUUUCAAGUAUGGUGCAAAAAUACUUAAGAUUUUUGUCAGAGAUAAGACAUUUUAGGUCAAGAUGUUUUAUGUUUGCACCAGUCACUUCAAGAGACAAGAAUGAAACUUCCUGGCAAUAUUAAGGAUCAAUAGAUUAGGAAUCAGUUUGACUGACUUACUGUUUUUAUCAUAACCUUUAACAUCCAACUUGAUAAAGGAGAUUUUGAGUUUUAAAAAAACUGUGCAGAAGAGAAAGGAGUAAAAAUGUGUUUGUUAAACUGUGAUAUGAAAAUCCCAUUCAAAAUAGAAAUAGGGGACCUUUUUCUGAUCUGGGACCCAAAUUUCAGUUUAGGAAGGGGCCUCUGGACUACAUUCCUGUGGUGGGGAAAUCUAUAGGCAUAGAACAGGACUCAACCAAAGCGGACAAGACUAGGUGUAAUUUUUAUCAAUUUUGACAAUUUCCAGCCAAGAUUCUGCUGAAUUCUAUACAUGCCUGAUGUCCCUCCAAGCAAGUAACUAACGUUGAUUUAGAGAUUUUGACUUUUGCAUGGUGGCGAGGGCACUUUUAAAGAAUAGGUGCUGGCAUCUAUGAGCAUGAACUUGAAGAUAUAUUUUAGUGUGUAAUUAAAAAUGGAAGUAAUGCAGUUUGAAAGCUCAUCUCUGAAAACAUGAAUCUCACAAUCUGAUGCUGGCUAGCCAGAUUUCCUUGGACAUACAAAAUGCUACUCAGUGGGAUUCAUUUCAAAAUACUAUUAUAACAUCUUAAUCGAACUUAUGUGGGAGUUCUUUGUUACAAAACAGUUGGUUAUUUAUGUUGGUCUGUUUGUCUCGCCAUUUUUUGAGUUAUAAGAAAAUAAAUCUAAACUUCACAUUCAUAAGCUAAUUCCAUAGUCUACGCAUGCAGCACUGGUUUUUAGGAGUACAUACUCCAAAACCUUUAUGCAGAAAAACAAUAUACUUGCAUAUUUUCCCCUUAACGUUGCUGUAACUUAUCAAAUACAAAUAGAAAAUUUUGCUGAUUUUCCCUGGCAACAGAUCCCUUUCAUCAUAGAAAAGCAUUUCUCGUAAUUCCAGUAUGACUCCCAUAACUACAGAACCAGUAUCUAUCUGCAUCUGACAAAAUAUGUCCUUUUUAGGGAUUUUCUAGGGCCUCCAGAAAAAAAUUCCUUCAUUGGAAGUUACCAUAGAGUCAUCCUGGAGGACUUAGUAAAUGCUUAGGGAGAAUACCUCUAUUUUCUAAGUCCUCCAGAAUGAUUCUAUACUUUCCAGCAGAAGUCAUUCAUUUCAAUAGGGUUUGCUAUUUUCCAAUUUCCUGUUUCUACGGUAAGUUCAGGAAAGUAUUCCUUGCUGAUCCUGGGCUUACACUAUUCAAAUUAUUUAGGUGGCUAUUUUUCAGACCAUUAUGGUUAUUUACAUCAUUAAUAAAAGCAGCCAGAUGGAAUAGCUGUUGUCUUCCAUGACAGAGCUAGUGAUGAAUCUAUUCUGGGUUUUAGCCCAAAGUUCAAAGAAGCCGUCUGAGGUAUUGACUCUAUGGAUAGGAAUCUUUGCUUCAGAUCAAACUCAAGCCUACAGCAGAUUCAAUGCCAGAUCAGCAUGGAAGCUCACAAGAGCAUCUGCUUAUUAUUUCAUGCACCUACAAAGUUGUUCUGAUCAGAAACUGCAGGGACAUUGCAGUUCACUCUAAGUAAUGUUCCACAUGUAACAGUACAUAUAUACUCUGCGUACAGCGGUGUAGGGAAAAUGUGAAAUGAAAAUAAUCUCAGUUCCUUAGACUUGCAAGCAUCAUUGUCUGCUUGAAUUAGCAGCCUUGUCCCAACUGGGAUUUUCAAAUAAAUGAUGUUCUGGAUUAGUUGCAACGGAACAAAUAAGACAUGUGAUAUGGCAGUAGCUUGGUAUAAGCAAGUGAGUGUGUACUCUCAGCAUAUAUCACAAAUUGUUAAUCACUUUUCAGGUUGCCAACAUUUGUUAAAGAUCACUGAGACAAACUCAUGUAAUAUUUACACUGUAGGGCAGUAAUGUAAAAACUGUAAAAUAAAUGUAAAACAUGUAGAAAAUGCAUUGUACUAUGGAAAAAUAAAGCACUUUGAAACAAG